GUAAUUUAAUGCAGUAAAAGAAUUGAUGGAUUUUCAAGACUUGUUUAUGUACAUCUGCUACUUAUAUAAAGGAUAAAACAGAUCUGUGGCACUUGAAACACACAUGGCUUGAUGGCUAUAAUGGCCCACAUGGUUUCUUGAAGGAACGCUUAUUUACGUGUUUAUAAAUAGCUACACGCAUCUCAUUCUUUCAUCGCAUCCAUAAAAGAAAGCCUUUGAGUUGCACUGCAGCUUAAGAGAAGUUAGUAGAUUACAGUACUUUGGACGAGCAAAAAUAACAAGACAAUGAGACUGUUCAUUCUUUUGGUGCUCUUAUAUUGUUUUUGUACCAAUAUUGGUCACACCAGGGAGAUAACACACGAAGAUAUUAAAGAUGCUAUGUUAAGCUUAGUACAUAUGAUGCGAGAGAAUACAGAAAAACUCGAGAGACAUGAAGCAAGAGAGCGGCAGCUGGGCGAGCAAUUAAAGAAAACCAUAACCAUCCUAACGAAACGUAUAUCCGCUGUGGAUGCUCUGAAACUGCAGCUAAAUAAAUUGGAGGAAAGAAUUUGAAUGGAGCAUCUGUUUGCCCAGAAAGAUGAGAGAGAACGCAUACAGAUGCAGAAAACGAUGGACAGUUUAGAGGACCUAGAGAGUCGUUUGGAAAGUUGGUUCACGGAUAUUGAAAACAAAGUUGCAGAGAUAAAUAGUCGCCCAGAAACUACAUCAAAUAAUAACUUUACUGUCAUUCUCAGUAAAUUGGAUAAGAUCGAAAAUAAUUCGAUGGAGGGGAUUGUACGGCUUAAAGAGGCUCUGGAUAGUAAUGUGGCAAAAAUGGAUAGAGAAUCAAUGAUUCUAAUGGAAAAAGCGCAUAUGGCCUUCUUAGAGCUGCAGGAUGUAGCUGCUAGAAUCAAAGACAUUGAGAACUCUCUAGAGAAGUUAAAACAGCUGACGCAAAGCGUUCAAGAAAAACCAUUGGAGCGGCAACUGGAUUUGACUUCAACCUUUGACGAACACGUCAAGAAGUUAAUACAAAUGCAAGAAUUAAUAGAGAGCUCUUCUAACAAAUUACACGAAUUACCCAGGAUAAACGAAGUGCAGAUGCUACAUAACGAGACACAGGCCAUGUUGCAGGAGACUAAACAUGUGUUGAAGGAUAUUGUUACAAAAGGUAUCAAUAAUAUCGAAAACAGAAUAACAGAGACGAAGGAAGAAACUAAAGAUUCAGUAGCAGCAUUACGGAUGGAUUUGGCUAACAACGCAGAACGUGUUAACCAAGAAUUACAAGACCUAGAAAAAGGUCAGUCUGUGAUGGUUUCCAUGGCUGAUCAUGUGUUAGAUACGAAAAAAAGAGUGGAAUAUGGUGUACAUCAGAUCUUACUGGAAGUGAGCGAUCUAGUAAAGGCACAAGGUGUCAAUAUCAACAGUACUCUUAGUCAAAGAUUCGAUGGAAUCUCAAACGACAUUAUGGAUAAUCAAAACGGUGCCUUGGCAAACCUUACUAGCAAAAUGGAACAAGAAAUGAACAAAGUUUGGCGGCAGAUCAAUGUAAUGUAUCAACAGAUGUCAGAGAGUGCUCGAGCUUUAGACAAACUGCAUCAACAAAAUGAAGCUUAUGUUAACGGCACGACAUCUACUAUGGGUGGAAUGAAGAGUAAGGUUGGCGAAAUAACAAAACGUAUGACGGAGGUGGAUGAGAACUUAAACUAUUUGCUCGGUCGUCUGUCUUUAGUGACGCAAGAAUUCAAUCAGAUUAAGACAGGUUUAGGGAACGCAUUAGACAAUAUAAAGGCUUCUUUCAAGGUGGUCCAAGAGAAGGCGUUGGAUUUGACUCAUCCGGGUCCUCAUCCGCUUCCGGAAAAUUACAAAAAUCCAAAUGAUUCCAAGACCAGAAAACCAGACGGUAAGCCUCUAUUGGACCUUGUAAGUCAUAUUUCCAACAUACCCUCCAAUUAACUACAAGAUUUUCAUUUAUUUUACUUAAAAAAUUUCUAUUUAAAGUUUAUUU